AUGUUUCAGCAGCUCGGUACCAACAAGAAAUGUUUCAGCAUCGAGGCUCUGGUCGGGAAGGACCCCGCCGGUUCCGAGGAGCCCAUCCGGCCCACGGCGCUCCGCUUCCCCGAGGCCGCCGCCGCUCAUGCGGGGCUUCUGCGGGGCUCCUGCGGGCGGACUCUGUACGCGAGCGGACCGAACCCGCUGCUCCGGGAGCCCGGCGCGCACGCGCCCGGUCCCGGUGGGCUUCACAUGCACGCGCUGCACGUGGGCCCGCAGAACCUGUUUGUUCGGCCACAUCAAAGCCCGCACGGCCUUUUCCCGCCAUGGAUUCUACGGAACCGGUACUUCCAAGGUGACGACGGCGGCGCCGACAACCUGCUGCUGCACGCGCCGUUCUCCAGGAAACCCAAACGCAUUCGCACGGCCUUCUCGCCCUCGCAGCUGCUGCGUCUGGAGCGAGCCUUCGAGAAGAAUCACUACGUGGUUGGCGCCGAGAGGAAGCAGCUGGCCGGCGGACUCUGCCUGACCGAGACGCAGGUGAAGGUUUGGUUCCAGAACCGCAGAACCAAACACAAACGUCAAAAGUUGGAGGAGGAAUCACCUGAGGCGCAGCACAAGAGGUCAAAGGCCAGCCAGCACGUUAGCCGAUGGCGAGUGGCCACGCAGCAGACGCCGGGCGAAGAUAUCGACGUCAUCAGCGACGACUAGACUGACGCACGCACACACACACACACACACACACACACACACACACACACACACACACACACACACACACACACACACACACACACACA